GCGGCGGUGCGCUCUGGAUGAAGAUCAUCCUCCUCCUCAUCCUCCUCCUCCUCCUCCUCUCGGUGAGAAACACACGCAGCAGGAGGCACAACAUGGGGAACUCCGACACCAAGCUCCACUUCAGGAAGGCGGUGAUCCAGCUCACCACCAAGACGCAGCCCGUCGAAGCCACCGACGACGUGUUCUGGGACCAGUUCUGGGCCGACGCCUCCACCACCGUGCAGGACGUGUUCGCUCUGGUGCCGGCGGCCGAGAUCCGGGCCGUCAGGGAGGAGUCUCCGUCAAACCUGGCAACCCUCUGCUACAAGGCGGUGGAGAGGUUGGUCCAGGGCGCCGACUCGGGCUGCCCGUCGGACAAGGAGCGUCAGAUUGUCCUGAACUGCACCCGCCUGCUCACGCGCGUCCUGCCCUACAUCUUCGAGGACGCCGACUGGCGAGGCUUCUUCUGGUCCACCGUGCCCGGAGCCGGGAGAGCCGGGCGUCUGGACGCCAAUGGCGACGGCGAUGACGAAGCUCGGCCACUGGCGGAAUCUCUGCUGCUCGCCGUCGCCAACCUCCUCUUCUGUCCAGACUUCACCGUCCAGAGCCACAAGAAGAGCAGCCAGGACGCGGCCGAGGACGUCCUGUCCAUCGACAGCUGUGAGUACAUCUGGGAGGCCGGGGUGGGCUUCGCCCAGUCGCCUCCGCUGAACUUCGUCCACGACCUCAACAGGACAGAGCUGCUGAAGUUGCUCCUCACCUGUUUCUCCGAGGCCAUGUACCUUCCUCCCUCCUCGGACAGCAAGAGCCUCAACCCCUGGGUCACCUUCUUCUGCUCUGCAGAAAACAGACAAGCGCUGCCUCUCUUCACCUCGCUGCUCAACGUGGUGUGCGCCUACGACCCGGUGGGCUACGGCAUCCCGUACAACCACCUGCUGUUCUCCGACUACCGGGAGCAGCUGGUGGAGCAGGCGGUCCAGAUCCUCAUCGUCACGCUGGAGCACGACGCCGGGUCGGCCGCCGGCUCCGCCCUCCAGGCCCUGGACGCCUCCGGGGCCCCCGCGGCCGAGGAGGAGGAGCAGGAGUCUGCUGGACCAGACAACCUCUUUGUGAAUUACCUCUCCAGGAUCCACAGGGAAGAGGACCUGGGCUUCAUCCUGAAAGGUCUGGCUCGACUGCUGAAUAAUCCCCUGGUCCAGACCUACCUGCCGCGUUCCGCCAAGAAGAUCCAGUUCCACCAGGAGCUGCUGAUCGUCUUCUGGAAGUUCUGUGACUUCAACAAGAAAUUCCUGUUCUUUGUCCUGAAGAGCAGCGAUGUGUUGGACAUGCUGGUUCCCAUCCUCUUCUACCUGAACGACGCCAGAGCAGAUCAGUCUCGUAUGGGCCUCAUGCACAUCGGCGUGUUCGUCCUCCUGCUCCUGAGUGGAGAGAGGAACUUUGGCGUUCGCCUGAACAAACCCUACACGCUCCGGGUUCCCAUGGACAUUCCCGUGUUCACGGGAAACCACGCCGACCUGCUCAUCGUGAUAUUCCACAAAAUCAUCACCAGUGGACACCAGCGUCUCCAGCCGCUCUUCGACUGCCUGCUCACCAUCAUAGUGAACAUUUCACCUUAUAUGAAGAGCCUGUCCAUGGUGGCGGCAAACAAGCUGCUCCACCUCCUGGAGGCCUUCUCCACGCCCUGGUUCCUCUUCUCCUCCACCCAGAACCAUCUGCUGGUCUUCUUCCUGCUGGAGGUCUUCAACAACAUCAUCCAGUAUCAGUUUGAUGGAAACUGCAACCUGGUGUACGCCAUCAUCCGAAAGCGAAACAUCUUCCACCAUUUGGCGAACCUGCCCACUGACACGGCGUCUGUCCAGAAGGCGCUGCAGAAGAAGAGGAAGUCCAGGGUCUCCAGGACCAACUCAACGGAGGCCGAGUCCAUGGAGGGCUCCAGACCAGCCGUGCCGGCUGAGCCCGGCACGCUCAAGGCCAGCCUAGAGGCCACGCCUGGGAUCGAUAAGAUAACGGAGAAGUCCCAGGUGACUGAGAACGGCACCUUGGUCGCCGUCCCACAGUCAGACUCUCCGCAGGCGGCGGCCGACAACAGUGCGAUGAGCGGAGCCAGCGACACAGAGUCCAACUCGGAGAGAGACCACGAGGCCGACCACACGGAGUCGGAAUCGACCAGGGGUCGGUUGUCGAGUGUGUCGUCAUCAGUGGCCUGCAGCGCUAACCCAGACUGGGUGUUGUCGUGGAAGGGUAAACUCCCUCUGCAGACCAUCAUGCGGCUGCUGCAAGUGCUCGUCCCUCAGGUGGAGAAGAUCUGCAUCGACAAGGGUUUGACGGACGAGUCGGAAAUCCUCAAGUUCCUUCAGCACGGGACGCUCGUCGGCCUGCUGCCCAUCCCGCACCCGAUACUCAUCAGGAAGUACCAGGCCAACGCCGGCACGGUCAUGUGGUUCCGCACGUACAUGUGGGGAGUCAUCUACCUGCGCAACCUGGAUCCUCCAAUCUGGUACGACACGGACAUCAGGCUGUUUGAGAUCCAGAGGAUUUAGAGGAGGAGCUUCCUCUCAGCGCUCCGACCCUCCUCUUCACCGAUGUGCUCUGAAGACGACCUCUUCAAAUCCUCAACGUGUCUAAAUGUUGUCAGUAGACUAUUUACCGCCUGUUACGUGGAGCCGAUGCCAAAUGUAUCCGUCAGAUGCGAUUUAUUGAAAUGAUUCAUUUUGCCAAGAAUAUAUACUUUGUAGUUUUGUAGUAACGUGCAACAGGAAGUUCUCAGAAUGAUCUGAAGGCUUUUCCCGUUCCGCCACGUUCGCCACGUUCACGAACGUGUGCAGAUGUAAAGACUGUCGCCCCGGAGCCUUUCACAGGAAGCUGAGAGGAAAAUCAAACGUGGGACUUGAAACUCUCAUAUUCUGACGGAGACGAUGUCAGAAAAAGAUAUUUCUCCUGCUGAAGCAGCAGGAAACUCGCUUUGAGAUGUGAAUGUGUCACGGCGUCGCGUGCCGUCAGAAUUAAAAACGUCGCAGGAGGUU